UGGUGCAGAGAGCCAUGAACUCCCAGGGUCUCCCUGCCAAAGAUGCCCCGCUUACUGUGAAUGAGCAGGUUCUUUGCUGCUGUUUGCUCCUGUCACCCUCCAUGUGUCAACAUACCAUAUCACAAUGGAAUGAUAUAACCUCCAUGUGCACAGUUCACUGAGAUCAGGAACCACCUUUUUUGUUGUAUUGCCUAAUAAUAACAUGCCGCCCUUAUGCCUGUGAGGUGUACCAGUCGUUUAACAGCCGUGCUUAAUAAUUAAUUGUUUUUCUCUCUCUCUCUAAAGAGCAUUGCUUGAUACGCUUGUUGGCUGAUGCUUACGUCAUUGUUUGAGUGUACUCAAGCUCUUUUCAUUUGUGUUUUUCUGUCUUUUUGUGUGUAUGUGUCUGUGUGUGUGUGUGUGUGUGUUUUUUUUGGUCAUUGGUUCCUAAUAUGUGCUUGGCUUCUCUGUUCUCCUUAGCCAUUCACUGUCUGACAGCAGAAGUCUUUUUUCAGCCAUUUAAAUCCUGCACUUUGAAAUUCCCUGCCAAAGACAACCAGGUCAUUGUGAUGUCUGGCCAUGAGACUAUUCGUGUGCUAGAGGUAGAGGUCGAUGCGUCUCUGCCGUCUUCAGUGACCGACGGGAAGAGUGAAGGCAAAGCUGAGGAGGGAGUGGCACAGGCCGCAGAUCAACCUGAGGGCAGCAGCAGCACCCAGGAUGGCCCCAUUGUGCCCCAGAGCACUGGGGGAAUAGUGCUGGGUGAGCAGCAGGUGGUGUCUGUCGAGGCUCCAGCCCCCACUGUCCAAACAUUGACUCCUGCUGUUCCCAUCAGUGUGGCCCUGUCACAGCCUCAGGCUGCCAUGCCCAUCACUGUACAAGGCUGUCCACAGGUGUUGACGCAGGAGAGUCUGGCCACAUUGAUGACUGGUAUGAUGGCACAGACAGGCUCGCUGGGCCAGCCCCUGCUCAUCCCCCUGAGUAUGGCCGGCUCCAUCGGUGGCCAAGGCAGCCUGGCUGUUCUCACUCUCCCUACCACAAAUGUGGCUACUCUCCCUGGGCUUGCCGCAGCUAACGCGGCUGGAAACCUCCUCAAGCUGCCGUUUGCUGGCCUUCAAGCUGCGACAGUCUUGAACUCUGUCCAGCCCCAGCUGCAGACAAAUGCACAGACAAUGUUUCAGCCUCAAGCCGCCUCCAUGCAGCAGGUCCAGGCCGCCGUGCAGCAGGUGACGUCUCAGCCAACACAGGUCACCAACGCCCAGGUCACUGCAGCUCAGAUGGCUGCAGCGCAAGCCACCUCGGCGGCCACCAGCGUCUCUCAAUCCAACAUAUCUGUGGCAGCACUGCAGACCGCGGGACUCUCCAUCAACCCUGCCUUUAUCAGUGCGACUUCUUUGGGAGCACAGCCACAGUUCCUCAGUUCCCUCGCCUCCACUCCCAUCUUCACCAAUGCCAUGUCCAACAUGGCCGGCAUCACCAGCCAAAUCAUCACAAAUGCCCAGGGACAGGUUAUAGGAACCCUCCCACUGUUGCUGAACCCAGCCUCUCUAGCCGGAGGGGCUGCAACUCACACUCUCCCCCUCCAGGGUCUCCAGGUCCAGACUGUCUCCCCACAACUGCUUCUUAACACUCAGGGUCAGAUUAUUGCCACUGUAGGGAACGGACCUGCCACAGCUGUGACCUCUGCUGCAGUUCUGCCCAAAGCCACUGCUCCUCUAACACUUGCUAAACCUAACACACAGGCUGCGGUAACUACUGUCACUCAGUCUCCAGUUGUCAUUGCUCCACAGCCGUCUGUACUGAAGUCUGCCCCCACGCUCUCCUCCACGGUGCCCAUCACCUGUGGAGACAUCGCCAAAGUGGGCCAGCUUGUCAGCAAACCGCAGCAGGUAGUCAGCGGCGAGGAAGGCAUUAACCUGGAGGAAAUUCGAGAGUUCGCCAAGAAUUUCAAGAUCCGUCGGCUGUCUCUGGGGCUUACGCAGACACAAGUAGGGCAGGCUCUGACUGCAACGGAGGGUCCGGCCUACAGCCAGUCUGCCAUUUGCAGGUUUGAGAAGCUGGAUAUAACGCCCAAGAGUGCUCAGAAGCUAAAGCCAGUGUUGGAGAAGUGGCUGGCUGAAGCUGAGCACUGGAAUCAGAAAGGUCAGCAGAAUCUGAUGGAGUUUGUAGGCGGAGAACCGUCCAAAAAACGCAAGCGGCGCACUAGUUUUACUCCGCAGGCAAUAGAGGUCCUCAACUCGUACUUUGAGAAGAACGCACUGCCAACAGGUCAAGAGAUUACUGAAAUCGCAAGGGAGCUGAACUACGACAGAGAGGUUGUUCGAGUAUGGUUCUGCAAUCGACGACAGACACUGAAAAACACAAGCAAGAUCAAUGUCUUCCAGGUUCCCACCUGAUUUUUUGGAAAGCAGAACAUUUAAUACAAUGACACAGCUGUAGAUAGUGUUGUAAAUAUGAAUUAAAUGCUUUUAAAGCUAAUAGAAUAUGACAUUUUCUGAGAAAAUCAUGGAAAAUACAUGACUAACAUCUUAGGAGAGUACCUCAAAAUGGUUCCUUUUGUGUUUUAGGUCAAACUGCAUGAUCUGCUUUUCAUACACAGUGAUUAAAACAGGUCAUGUUGAUGAAAAAAUUGAUGAACAUGUGGUUUUAUAGGCUGCCCCUCUGAAUUAUUUUAAGUUAACAAGCACUGAUUAACGUUGAGUUUCAUUACAUUUAUAUCAUUUUUGCACAAUGGCUGACAUUAUGCUUGUAUUUAAAUCAUGUGCUUUUGACUUUCUGCUGCAAACAUAAAUAGUAAUGACAAAAAAGAAAAAAUCAUCUGUAUCCCAGUUUUCAUCAGAAUUCUAAUGAACGCCAAAAAUCCCUUUGUUCUUUAUCGACUCAUAACUUUGUGACAAAUGUUUAUGGACAAUCAUCAUUUUGAUAUUGAUAAUCACAAUGAUGGGCUUAAAAUGUGAAAUCAGAAAUGAGAGGGACAUUUCUAAUAUUACACAGACAAAAGGUGCUUUUCAAAGUAAAAGUGUGGCUCAAGCUAUUGCCAUUUAGGGCCACUUACUUUAGCCUAAUAUACUUUGUUUUAGGGCUACAAUUAAUGACUAUUUUCUCUAUUAACAGAGUACUUGUUUGGUCUGUAAACUGGAAAUGAUGUUUUCAAAUGUCUUGUUUGGCACAAAGAAACCAGAAAAUAUUCACAUUUAAGAGGCUAAAAUUAUUAUAAUAAUUAUUGAAAGAAAAAAAACACUUAAUGUAUGCCCUGCUUUGUUUCUCGUGUAUGUUGGUGACUGAGCUAAAACACAUUCUGUUUUCUGUGUCCUCUUCUCAUGAUUUCUGUCCCCCGUGUUUAUAUGGUACUCUGAGAGUAUGCUGUGUUUUCUCUGUUCUAUGUUGUCUCCUCACUUAAUGAUUUGACAGCCCGUGUGUGACAUUUGUGUAACUUUUU